AUGUCGACCACACCACCAUCGACGCCCACCCUCAACGACCGCAUUCAGCAACUCCCUCAAGAACUCCAAGACAUGAUCCUCGACUUCACGAUUUCCCGAGACCACCUAGACCCUAUCCUUCUAAACCCACCCUACCACCCACCUCUCGCCCUCCACCUUAAUCGCAUGCACCGCGCCAAGUUCGCAGCACAGUACUACUCUACCACUACCUUCCGCAUCGAACUUCAACAACGUGGAGCCAUCAUGGUCAGCACCAUGAUCAACUUUCUUUCAUCUCUGCCGGUCGAACACCUCAAGAUGCUGCGGAGGGUGGAGUACCCUGGCGCUGCGCUCGCUGAGCGUUGGACAGACGCACAUUACAUAGCUGUGCUCAGGCUAAGCAACUGUAAACUGCACUUGCCCGAGAGGGUCAGGGCGCAUCUUGCUGCUCAUGCGUUGGCGAUGGGCUAUGUAGAUGUGGAUGAUGGUGGGAAGGUGAAGUGGGUAGACUGA